AUGCGGCACCGGGUCGGUGCGUUGCAAUGUUUGCGCAUCCUAAUGUGCGUUGGUGCAGGCAGAUAUUUCGGGCUUCAGGGGCUUCCCUUUGCCAUACCGAUUGCACAAAAGAGACUUCCCAAGGACACAGCGUGGGAGGAUGAUGUAGUGCUAUUCUUAGAUUGUGACGAUUGCCUCUACCAAAACAACUGGACCACGGCCGAGAAGCUGACGGACAGCAUUGCAGCCUACACUGCUCGCCUUGGUGUCAGCAAAGAGGAAGCUUUUGCUUUGUACGAAGAGCAUGGGACCGCAUUGAAAGGCCUUCUCGCUGAAGGAAUCCUGGAUGAAAAUGGUGCAGAAGUGUCCCUUGUCCUGGCGAAACAGCAGUAUUUGCAAGACGUGCAUGCCAUUGACCUGUCUGACAUCACUCCGGAUCCGCAGCUGGCGCGGCUGGUGGGGCGUCUACGAAAACGGCCCUGGAUUUUCACCGCCUCUACGGAGGAGUCGCUUGGAGUUUCAACGUGUGGAAAUGGUGCGCCACAAUGGCACUAA